AUGUUGGAUGGGCAUGUGGAUGGACCUGUGGCUGCAGAUGUUCAUCACCUUCCCGUCUGUGUUGCUACCACAGCUGACCCAGAUGAGCUGCUCCCACCCUCGAAGGAGCCCCAAACUGAGGCCUCCACAACAGAGGCACCUCUGGCUGAGGACCCCAAAACUGAGGCUCCCCCACCUGAGACGCCCCCAGCGCGGGCAGUGCUUGGGGAGCUGAGGGUCUCCAGCGUCACCCCCAGCUCUGUGGGGCUGCAGUGGAGCGUCCCCGAGGGCCCCUUCGACUCCUUCACGCUGCAGUACCGGGAUGCCCAGGGCCAGCCCCAGGCCAUGCCUAUGGAUGGCGGGUCCCGCUGGGUGACUGUGCCGGGGCUGUCCCCGUCCCGCCGGUACCGCUUCCACCUCUACGGGCUGCGGGGCGGGAAGAGGAUCGAGCGCGUCUCCAUCGACGUCUCCACAGCUCCAGCUGUGCCAGAGGAACCGCCCCCACCCUCAGAGGAGCCCCAACCCGAGGCCCCUAAAACUGAGGCUCCCCCACCUGAGGUGCCCCCAGGGCGGGCAGUGCUGGGGGAGCUGAGGGUCUCCAGCAUCACCCCCAACUCCGUGGGGCUGCAGUGGAGUGUCCCCGAGGGCCCCUUCGACUCCUUCACACUGCAGUACCGGGAUGCCCAGGGCCAGCCCCAGGCCCUGCCCAUGGAUGGCGGGUCCCGCUGGGUGACGGUGCCGGGGCUGUCCCCGUCCCACCGGUACCACUUCCAACUGUAUGGGCUGCGGGAUGGCAAGAGGAUCCACCACGUCUCCACUGAGGCCACCACAG